CCUGUUGUUCCGUUUUACCGCAUUUUGUAAAUUUGUUAAGAGAUAUUUUAACUUGUUAUCCAUCAUAUUAUAUUUAUAUAAUGGACGACGGUGAAGACAUUUACGUAGAAAACCCAACGUUUAGAUCAGCUUAUCCAAUGGAGCCCCUGCAUUAUGGAAAACGACUGAGAUGGGAUUAUAAAGUCCAUUUGAUUGGAGAAAAAGUGGUGGAUCCAUUGAUUCACACCUGCGAAGUUUGCAUUCAACCGAUUUUAAGUUACGGACGAAUGAUUCCUUGCAAGCAUGCUUUUUGUUUAGACUGUGCAAAAAAUGCAGGAAAAAGAUGUCCAAGAUGCAAAGAAACAGUAACCCGAGUUGAACAGUCUCCGUUGGGGAGCGUAUUUAUUUGUACAUUUAACGGACAAAAGCAAUUGGCGAACGGUUGUCGCAGAACUUACCUUUCACAAAGAGACUUAAACUCCCAUGUUGCUCAUCGGCAUCUUCAAAAUGCAAAAGUUUCUCCAGUUGAUCCUGUAAAAUCCAGUGCUAGUCGACAUCCUAUGGUGGAUGCACCAAUUGCUGCCGCCCCAGUAGUUCGUCCUGAACAAACUGUAUUUACUAAUCCAGGAGCAGCAGGACUUCUCCAAUCUGUCAAUGCUCUUUUAGGUCAUCUGCAGCCCCAGAUGGUACCACCCCCAAUUCGAGCCCCAACAGCACAACCCUUGGCUCAACCGUUAGCUCAUCUACCAAUGGUGCAGAAACCUCCAAUGUCUUCUACAACGAUAGAAAGUUACCAGACAUCAACGAUGCCGCCUAUUAUGGCAACAAGCAGAACAAACCUUAUAACUGUACCAAUACAAGAAGAAGCUUACAGACAUCCCAAUGCAUAUACAACUGCUUUAGGAAGUGCACCUGCAGCAUAUGUUCAACCGCCCGUGAACCCACUUGCACCUGCUCUCCAAUCAUAUAUUUCAUCAACAUUAUCUGCACAAGUUCCCACAGGAGGUGCUUAUCCACCACAGAUCAGCAUGGCAGGAUCUCCAUAUUCUACACAGUCAGUGCCAGCGGUUCCCCAUCCUGGAACAAUGCCACAUCAUGGACCUCCUCCACAGAUGAUUGGAGGACCACAACCAGCUCCCUCACGAUUCACUAGUCCUCAUCAGCCUUAUGAUGAUGGACACGGUAAACAAUAUUCACAGACUGGGGGCUCCCCAAGAAUGCCCUGGAAUGCAGGUAAUAGACCUCCAGGUCCUGUUCCUGGUCCCCCUCCCCAAAGAACACAUAGUGACUCAACAUCCUACAAUCAGUAUUACUGAUAACUCAAAUAAUGAAGUUUAUAUGUGUGCACUGUACAUGAAUUUUAAACAAUAGUAGAACGUUUUAAAAUGACAUUUGAUUGUACAUAUACAUGUAGGCGUACAGGACUACUUGAUUCAGGAGCCGGCUCUUUGCCCGAAUAUCAUUAAACAAGAAAUUAGCAGAAUAUACCAAAAUGUGACUUUCACAGUUUUAUUGAAGGAUAUGAAUAUUAAUAAUAUUACUAAGAAUGUUGGACAGUUGGUACAUGUUCAUGCUCAUGUACUAUAGAUUGGCAUAUACUUUUUUGAAUUUGAAUUUGAACCCUAAAUGUUCAGAAAGCAUUCAGUAUUUUAUAGAAACGCAGUUAUUGCCAUGCCAGAUUAUGCAAUCAUAAGUACGCCAAAUGAUAGCAUAAAAUUAAGUCCCCAAAUGACAUGUACAUAGACUGAACAUUUUACUCUUUAAAAGGGCUAAGUCACUAAUAUUUGGAACCUAGAAAUUGACACAAAUGCGUCACAUGACUUAUGGAAUAUGUCUAGCCUCGUUCUUCGAGCCCCUUCUUACAAAUGACGCUGAAACACAUUAUGGUACACGAUUCAUGUACCAAUGGUAAAAUGUUUAUUUUGUCUUAAAUAUUGGAUAUCAGAAGCCCACCUUUUUCCGGUAAGAUCACAACAUCAAUGUUGAUUUAAAUAGACAAAUAAUUUGUGUCUUCAAAGUCGAAGAAUUUGGAUGAUAUUGAGUUAGAGACUUAGCUACUUUAAGGUUGUUUUUAAUAUCAUCUAAUGCAAGCUUUGCCUAAAAGUGCCCUAUCUGAAUUUUCUUUUUAGACAUGUAAAAUAUGUAAAUUUUCUGAUUUCAAGGGCCUGUCCAUUACCGGUACUUAUUAACUUGUAUGUACAACAAACUCUAAUUUUUAGAUUUGCGGAAUGUAAAAAGAAAUAAAUUGGGGAAUAUAUCAACUAAUAUUUGGUUUAAAAGAGUACAGUAUAAGUUACAUGUAUAUAUGAUGUUGUUAGAUUGUAAAUGUUUAUGAACAUUUAGAUCCAAGUGAAUUUUAAUUAAAAUUAUUGUACAUUUGUUUGUCAAUUUCAGUGCUUGUAAAUGUGAAAUCUUUUGUUAUUUUGUAUAAAACGGUUCACCUCUUAA